UUCACUAUUCCACAUCAAGUACAUGGUUCAGUAAAGUUCUUUACAGAUGAACCUUACUUCUUUUUAAUGUGGAUGACAACUUAUCGCAAUUUAUAAGUAUGUGAUGGAAUAUUUAUCAUAUGUAUAUUCCGUUAUAAUGCCAGAGAUACAUCUGGAAUGAAUAGCCAUAUGUUAUGGUCUAAUUUGACACUGUUCUAAUAUUAUAUGCUUGUCCUUGUGUAUCCACAGGUUCUCACUCACUGAUGGCUUUGGCAACAUAUAUAGUCGGACAGACACCAUUUCCUGAGUUCAGUGCUGUGCUGAUGUUGGAUGAUCUGCAAAUAGUGUAUUAUGAUUCUGUCAGAUGGAAAGCUGUCUAUCGCACUCGCAGUGAUUCAAAAUACUAUGAUGAAGAGCAAAGUGAUGCUGGUGUUGUAUUUCAAGACAUGUAUAAUGACAUGAAAACCCGUGAUUUUUAUGUUAAGAAACACCUAAAUCACACAGAUGCUGUACAUGUUCAUCAGAGACUUACUGGAUGUGAACUGUUGAAUGAUGAUAAACCAGGGCCACUUCAUUUCUGGGAAGCUUUUGAUGGACAAAGAAUGCAGGAGUUCACAUAUGACCUGGAAAAAAACGAUAUCCAGAUGAAAAAGCCAUGGAUAAUACCGUGGGACCAAGUGGAACAGCUUCAUAUAAAGUUUCUCUAUGAAAAUGUUUAUCAUCCUAUUUGCAUUAAAGUUUUGCGAAGGUACCUGAAUAUGGAAAAGAACAAUGUGAUGAGAAAAGUGAAACCCAGAGUCAGACUCAUGAAGAAGACACUCCCAGACUCUCAAGGGCUUCGGAUCAGCUGUCUUGCCACUGGUUUUUACCCCCGUCACAUUAACCUGACUCUGUUCAGAGAUGAUCAGCCUGUGGAUGAUGAUCAGAUCACAGGAGGUGAGAUUCUGCCCAACGGAGAUGGAACUUACCAGAUGAGGAAGAGUUUGGUGAUCAGCACAGAAGAACUACGUGAAAGACACAAAUACAACUGUACAAUGAAACACCUCAAUCUGGACAACAAACUGGACAUUACAUUUGUUUCAGAUGUGGCUGAAUCUGACCCAGGAUCCCUCAGUCUGUCUGUAGUUAUCAGUGUGCUGAUGUUAAUGUGUGUGGCUGUUCUCAUCAUAACUGCUCUCAUCAUAUGGAGGAAGAAGAGACGAGCUGCUGGACGAGUCUCCGAGAUGUCACAGUGUAAAUACUUCCCUACUCCAUCUUCAAGAUGAGGUUACGGCAAUACAUCAUGCAAAACUUUGUAGAUGCUUUUUGGGUUAUGCUGUGAUAAUGACUUCUACAAUGCUGGGACAGAGAUGGGUCUUGCACAUGUUGCCCACUUGGGACCCACCUAGUGUCAAGUGCAAUUCUGCAUGAAAUCCAUGCAAUUUGCAUGGUGCGAUUAUGGAACCCACGGACAAUAUAGAGCCAAGUUUUUCAGCCCAUUCAUUUCAUACCCAUAUGGGCCCCACAUACACAUGUUGGCUGGGGAACUGGAUUCAAUAUUUUGAAUGCUUGGAUACACAAUCUGACUUUUGACUUGUGAUGCAGCCUGAAUCAUAAUAACACUGUGUUCGUUCAUUGGCCAGAGGAGGGCCCCCGGCUGAACCUGGCUUCUCCAAGGCUCGCUUUUUUCUCCAUUCCUGUCACCUGAAGGAGUUUGUGUUCCUUGUCACCGUGACAUCUGUCUUGCUUAGUUGGGGACACUUAAUAUUCAGCAAUAUUACUGAUUUGACUGCACUGACACUAUUGGAUGAGAACUUGAUCCAAAGUGAAUCAACAAUGAACUGAUUUCAACUGACUGUUUGUGACUGUUCAAAUGACUGUUUAUUAUUGUCUUUUUAGAGCUACUUUACUACAGUUUAAUUCUGUUUACAUUAUUGAAUAAUUUUUCAAACAGUCGGCCUAGAGUACUUUCUGUUCUUCUUCUCCUCUUUGUCAUUUUUAUCAUUAAAUGUGUCCAGAAACAGGCAGGAAGAACUCUGGAAGUAACACUGACCUGCAUAGCUGAUCUUUCCAUUCUUUUGUUUGUGGAGGUAAUACAGUUAUUGCGUUGACAGACUUUACACAUUAGGAACAACAAUUAAGUAAACAGAAUGCAAAGGAAUAAGAAAAAAUAUAUCACAAAGAAUAAGCAGCACACCAGAAAUAUGAUAAUAUAGCAAAGAUAUGUCUGAGAGAAUAAAGCCCAGGUUUAUAAUAAUCUGAAUGGUGAUCAAAUAUAAAUGCUUGUGAAAUAUACAGUGGCAUGAAAAAGUAUGUGAACCCCUUGCAG